GAGAAAAAAAGGGAGAGUGUAUUAUUCCAGCGAAAGUGGUGAUAUCAUCUGACUCGAAAAGAGUGAAAAUUCACAGACAUUUUAACAAUGGAUUCGAGGAAGGAGUCCAUUCCUAUCGUAGUGACAGAUGACGUCGCGGAUGUAUCGGGGGGUAGCAAGUCCUCCAGGAAACAGUCAAUCAAACCCCCGGGGGGAGGAGGUCGCCGAAAGUCCAUCAUGAAACUGUCCGGAACCACCGCUUUAGCGGGCCGACGUCUCACUAAAGCUCUUCUCGAUCUCCCGGAGGAACAAAACAGCCUAGCCAGUAAACCUAAAGUUCGGAUGGAAAACACUUACAAGAUGUCUCCGGAUGAAGACAGCACAUUCGUGCCAUGGAAAGUACGAAAAGCCGUCAAAGAAAUCUUAGAUGAACAGCUGUCCAGUGUGUCAUAUGACAAUAAAACCGCCAGUAAAUUAUGCUGUGAUCUUGCCCAAUUGAUUCGAAAUAAGGUCAGAAAUAUGGAAUUUCCCCGCUAUAAGAUUAUCUGUAAUGUUAUUAUUGGACAGUGCUCGGAACAGGGUCUGGAAGUGGCCAGCCGAUGUCUCUGGGAUGCUAAGACAGACAAUUACUCCUGUAUCGAGUAUAAAAACCAUUCUCUGUUUGCCAUCGCCAUGGUUCAUGGGGAUAUGGGACAGAUCCUGCGCCGGCAUUUAGAAUCACAGAAUGAAGAUGGAAACAACCAGGUGGUGGCCACCACAUUCCCUAACCUGGCUGAGCUGCCACCAGAAAUCAGCAUGGCUAUCCUCUCCCACUUAGACGCCACUGAUCUGUGUCUAGCUGCCUGCGUCUGGGAUAACUUGGCCAAUGACGAUGUCUUAUGGAUGGGAUUGUGUAAGGCAUCCUGGGGGUAUGCCAGUGUGUACAAGUACAUAAGACAACCAGUAAGACUGUCUUAUAAGAAACUAUUUCUAUUGUUGGAUGAGGCUUCACUUACAUUUAAUGGAAAUCCAUUUGAGGGAGAGGAAUAUCUAUUCAAAAGAGGCAUCAUGGAAAAUAAUGCAUUAGAAAUGGCAAAAUUUUUACACUUCACAAACAAAAUAAAGCCUGAUAAAAAGAGAGAAUAUUUAGGUAUGAGGAGAGAUGUAUUAGACCACCUUCUGCAGUUACAAAACUUUCAAAACCAGUUUUUACCUAACGCCCUCCGUAAACUCUUCGGUAAUAUCUCUGCUCCAAACAACAGGGGAGAAUACCUGACAGAUAUAAUCGACAAAUUCUCAGACAGAUUCUGCCUUUGUAAUCCUAAACUAGGGCUAGAUAAAGAUACUGUAUUUGUGUUAUGCUUCUCCCUGAUCAUGUUGUCAGUAGACCUGAGCAGUCCCGCAGUAAAAAACAAAAUGUCCAAGAGAGAAUUCAUCAAGAACACCCGUCGAGCAGCACAAAAUGUAGACGAUGACCUGGCAGGUGACCUUUAUGACAACGUAUAUCUUAUAGGGCACGUAGCAACAGAGACCGUCAGCUGACCUCAGUUGUCAUGGCGAUGUCAACAAGUUGAUUAGCCAUUGUUUAAGUUUUUAAUUUUAUAUAUAUAUAUAUACUUAUUAUCAUUUCUAUUAUGCAGGUAUGUUGUACCAGAAUAUUUAAAAUCAGGAAGUUGUGAAAAUUGUGAUAUUUUCCAACAUUUAUAUGACUUCAGUAUUUAAAUAUCGACAUUGUCAAGUGAGGUCAUUUUGUUCUAUGGACAAGAUAGAGAAAACUUGAAAAUCCAUUAUAGUUGGAAGAUUUAUUCUUUAAAUAACUGUAAAAGCUAGUUUAACAAAAUGUAAUAUAUUUAUCAGCAUUAAAUUGAAUUUUUGUGUACAAUUUAUAUUUGUACAAUUAUUAUCAUAUCCAAGAUUUUUGAAAAAGGAAAUUAUUCACCUUGUAAUAGCAAAAUUAAAACUAUUUUUUUCUUUUAGAAUAAGGCUUAAUUCAGUAAAGUGACUUUUGAUUUAAAAAGAUA